AUGCUAUUGUCGGUCGAGCGGGGCGCCAGUUUGAGCCAGUUCGGGCCAGAGCCGCCGAAAGACCUCGAAGGAUGGGUCCAGGACCUGUACGACGACGCGCCGUACGACCCCGAGCUCCAGCGCGUCCUCGAGGGCACGGACGGCGACCCGGACGCGAUCCGCAGCCGGAUGCGCGCGGAGCUGGACAACAAGCGCACCGAGAUCAUGCGCGAGAACGCGGGCGAGGACCGGCAGAUGGAGGUCCGGUUCCGCGAGGUGGACACCAUGGAUCUCACGGUGUGGCUCGAGUUCUACAAGCCGCUGUCCGGCGAGGAGCAGGAGCUGGUGGAGACUGUGUUCAGCUCGUGGUAUGCGCUGGGCAAGCUGGGGGGGUAUAACUCCGUGAACACGCAGUGCAGCGACGGCGCGGCGCGCGAGGGGAUGUCGAACUUCGAGUACGACACCGAGGAGCUCGAGGACGGCGCGCCGGGGAUGUUUCACGAGAUGUCAGACAUGGAGUUCAACGGGAACAAGGCGCGCAUCUGGCUGGACCUCGGCACCGCGGACGAGCUCGCGCUGGACGUCCUGAUCAACUCGCUGAGCCAGUUCAGCCGGGAAUACUUCGGCAUACGCACGCUCACGGUUGGCGGCGACGACGAGGCGUGGCCCAAGCCGGGCGGGCGGAGGAGUGCGGACGAGAGGUACGCGAUCGACCCCAUGGACGUGAACAGCGUGCCGGAGGGGCAGCUGGCGGAGGACGUGGCGACGCUGGUCGAGGAGGACUUGGAUGACGUGCCGGCGGACCUGCGGGCAGUGGCGGAGCGCCUCACGGGGGGGGGGUUUUCCAUUGAGGACUCCAGCGCGCAGCCGCAGGCGCCGCGGCCCGCGCCGAGCGCGCCGUCGACGCGGCCGGGAAGUGGCGCGCCGCCGGGGCCGAGGCGGGCGCCGUCGCGGGCGCGGCGGGCCGCGAGCCAGCGCCGGAAGCGGUGA